GGACUAGUGGACAUGCAAAAGCCGGUAGACAUGAUCUCGCCAAAAAUGACAUCAGUCAUGUGCGUGUACUCCGCGCUGUUCAUGCGCUUCGCCUGGCGCGUACAGCCCCGCAACUACCUCCUCUUCUCCUGCCACUCCGCCAACGAGACCGUCCAACUCAUCCAGCUCUCGCGAUGGGCCCUCUCAGA